AUGAACUAUGCUUGCGAUCGCUCUGCCCCCACUGCACCCAUUGACAAGCUACCAACCGAGCUGUUGAUCGACGUAUUUCUCCUUGUACUGUCAGGCCAUUGCCAAAGUACCUCUUGCACCAGUGUAGACACUCCGUGGGAUCCCAUCUCAUACCCUGAUUGUCUAACGCAUGUUUGCUAUCGAUGGCGCAUGGUCGCAAUAUCAGUUCCUUCUCUAUGGACCCACAUUGACCUAAACCCACAUGCACCGAAGGGUGAAAGUCUUAUUGAUUAUGCAAGGAACUAUGCUCACCGCUCCGGUACUCUACCACUUGAGCUCCGCCUACGCGAUAAGGCGUGUGUGCGGAAUGAUGCCUAUAUUAUGAAAAAUGUCUUCUUGCUUCUUGGCCCUCGCACAAAAUCGCUCGAUUUUACCAUCACCUCUCCCGAGAUACUACACUUCCACCGCUUUGUCUUUGAGUAUCUACUCCCAAGAAUAUCUCCCAGAGUUUUCAAAACACUCCGAAUAAGUUGUGAGGUUUCCCUCCCAGACUCGUUUAUAGCUGGCCGUGAUUCCGAUCCUUGGGUAGUCUUCGACUCGGACAACCCAAACGAUUAUGACUGGGGGCCCAACAUAUUGCACUGGGAACAGGAUUUUAUAAAUUACAGCUUUUCGGGUGUCACAAAUCUACGUUUAUGUGGUGUAUUCUUCAACUGGUCGAGCCCACUAUAUCAUGGCCUGGUCGAUCUCCGGCUCACCUCUCCGCCUAUAGGCGGGGCAACCGAUAUAUACGUCUACACGUUGAGGUCGAUCUUGUCGAAAUGCCCAGAGCUUAGAAUAUUCCAUUUCUCUCUUCAACUUAUUAUACAUAACACAACAGAUGACGAGUCAUUGUUCGAGCAACCAGAAGAACCUGUAUUCUUACCAGAGCUGGAGGUCAUCCAUGUAUCCACAGCAAAUGCAUACACAGGAAGACAUGAGUCCUUCCACGUUGGAUCUCUGCUUCAUCUACUCGCACCCGGUUCUAAGCCACUCCAGCUCAGUCUCGAGACUGGACACAAUCAAAAUGAGCAUUUACUGGCCUCAGAUGAAAUGAAGGGGUUUUUCUCGAGGUCAAAAGUAGAACGACUCUGUCUUCGGAACGGGCAUCAAUCAAUAAACGACCUGCGAUUCUGCCAUCUCCCAGUUCUGAAGUUUCUUGUGCUUGAUUCCUGCCGUCACAUCUCAGCGUUCGCAGACCCGAGUUGGCCGUUGGUACUGCAGUCUGUUUUUGUGAAUGCCGCCACGCUCACCUUGGAGGAUUUGCGUUCCAUUGUUGGGUUGUGUCCUGAUGGUCUUGUGCUUUCACGGUGCAUGGUACUUCGCAUGCUUAUGGGCCAAGAAACCGCUCUUAAGUCUGUACCUGAGGUAGAGCUACAAGCCAUAUUUCCUGCCGUAAAUUUUACCACGGAGGAUAGAUUGUGGUGUAAUCUAGUUGCUCAUUGGGGCCUUUUGAUUAGUUCAUCCUCUUUGAUGUAUUCGUGUGCCACUGUUUGGUUCAUCAGUUAA